UUCUGAGAUCGCGAUAUCGUCUCUCUUUCCUCCGAUCUUUUCUCUUCCUCAAUUCGAUCUCCUUGGUACAUUUCUCAUCAGCAGUCAUUUGCAGCUGAGCCCAUUUCGAUCUCAAUGGGGGCAAGCGAGAAUUUUUGUUCAAUUCAGCUUAUUGAUGGAGAUGGUACAUUCAAUGUUGCUGGAAUUGAACAAUUUAUGAAGGAGGUGAAAUUGGGUGAAUUUGGACUUUCAUAUGCUGUAGUUUCUAUAAUGGGUCCACAAAGUAGUGGUAAGAGCACUCUAUUAAAUCAUCUGUUCAGAACUAACUUCAGGGAGAUGGAUGCUUUCAGGGGAAGGUCUCAAACCACUAAAGGAAUUUGGAUGGCUAGAUGUGCUGGCUUAGAGCCUUGUACAAUAGUGAUGGAUUUGGAGGGCACAGAUGGAAGAGAACGUGGAGAGGAUGAUACCGCUUUCGAAAAGCAGAGUGCUCUAUUUGCUCUUGCUGUUUCAGAUAUAGUGCUCAUAAACAUGUGGUGUCAUGACAUUGGGCGUGAGCAAGCUGCAAAUAAACCUCUUUUGAAAACUGUCUUUCAGGUCAUGAUGAGAUUGUUUAGUCCGCGCAAAACGACAUUGAUGUUCGUCAUUCGUGAUAAAACAAGGACACCCCUUGAAAAUUUAGAGCCCGUUUUACGAGAGGAUAUCCAGAAGAUAUGGGAUUCUGUUCCUAAGCCACAGGCUCACAAGGAAACCCCGCUAAGUGAAUUUUUCAAUGUUGAAGUCGUUGCCCUUUCUAGUUAUGAAGAAAAGGAAGAGCAAUUUAAGGAGCAGGUUGCUGGCUUGAGGCAACGAUUCCAUCAUUCUAUUGCUCCUGGUGGACUUGCUGGGGAUAGACGUGGAGUAGUUCCUGCUUCUGGGUUUUCUUUCAGUGCACAGCAAAUUUGGAGAGUCAUUAAGGAGAACAAGGACCUUGACCUACCUGCUCACAAGGUCAUGGUUGCUACUGUACGCUGUGAAGAAAUUGCUAACGAGAAAUAUGCUGCUUUUAGUACGAAUGAGGAAUGGUGUCAAUUGGAGGAGGCUGUGCAAUUUGGCCCAAUUCCUGGAUUUGGGAAAAAGCUCAAUUCAAUUCUUGAUAACUGUCUUUCAGAGUAUGAUAUAGAAGUCACUUAUUUUGAUGAAGGCGUGAGAUCUGCAAAACAAAAGCAGCUUCAAGAAAAGCUGUUGCAACUCGUCCAACCAGCAUUCCAAUCUGCACUGGGACAUGUAAGGGCUGGAACUUUUGAUAAAUUUAAAGAAGCAUUUGACAAGGCUUUGAAUGGAGGGGAAGGGUUUUCUGCUGCUGCUAAAAACUGCGUUGAGUCUUGUGUGGCUCAGUUUGAUGAAGCAUGUGCAGAUGUUGUUAUUGAAAAGGCAAACUGGGAUACAUCUAAAGUGAGGGAGAAACUGCGUCGUGACAUUGAUGCCCAUGUUGCUUCUGUGCGUGCGGCUAAGCUGUCUGAAUUGACAUCAUCAUAUCAGGAAAAAUUGAAGGAGGCCUUAGCUGGACCUGUUGAAGCUCUUCUAGAUGAAGCUAACAGUGAUACUUGGCCAGCAAUAAGAAAACUUCUUAGACGUGAAACUGAAUCAGCUGUUUCAGGUUUCUCUGCUGCAAUUUCUGGGUAUGAUAUGGAGGAACAAACACGACAGAACAUGAUUACGAGUUUAGAGGACCAUGCAAAAGGUGUGGUGGAAGCCAAGGCUAAGGAAGAAGCUGGAAGGGUUCUAAUUCGUAUGAAGGAUAGGUUUACAACAUUAUUCAGCCGUGAUUCUGAUUCAAUGCCUCGUAUUUGGACGGGGAAGGAAGACAUUCGAGCCAUUACUAAGACCUCCCGCUCUGCUUCCUUGAAGUUGCUAUCUGUGAUGGCUGCAACUCGUUUGGAUGAUCAAGAUGUUGAUAAUAUUGAGAAAACAUUAGCAUUUGCUCUGGAUGAUUCCUCAGGAUCUAUUACUAAGGAUAGGAGCAUCACGGUUGUUGAUCCACUGGCUUCAAGCACAUGGGAACAGGUUCCUUCCUCGAAGACAUUGAUCACUCCUGUUCAGUGCAAAUCAUUAUGGAGGCAAUUUAAGAUGGAGACCGAGUAUCAUGUCUCUCAGGCCAUAUCUGCACAGGAGGCCAACAAGCGCAAUAAUAACUGGUUACCUCCUCCAUGGGCAAUUGUUGCUUUGGUUGUUCUGGGAUUUAAUGAAUUUAUGACCCUUCUAAGAAAUCCGUUGUAUUUGGGUGUUAUCUUUGUUGGUUUUCUUCUUGUAAAAGCCUUAUGGGUGCAGCUGGACAUUUCUAAUGAAUUCAGCAAUGGAGUUCUUCCGGGACUCAUAUCCUUGUCCACGAGAUUUCUUCCAACUGUUAUGAACAUUAUCAGAAAACUAGCAGAGGAGGCACAGAACCCUGCACCUAACAAUGCACAGAGAAACCCAUCAGGAAGCAAUCACAAUGCUGUUACAGCUGGAAGCAAUACGUCAUCUAGUGCUUCUUCUAACGCAAGUUUGUCUGAAAAAGCUUCGUCUAACGUAACUUCAUUGGAAAAUGGUGGUGAAUACUCUAGUUCAUCAAAAUAUGAGUAGGCACAGAAACUCGUUAUUAUGACAAGCAAUUUUUUCCUGUGAAGAUGUUGAUGUCUGCGGGCUGCAUGUUGGGUUUUUAGUUGUAUCUACGAAAUUAUGAUUUCGUGAGCAUUCAAAGAGUAAGCUAUUCAAAGGCACUGGUUUUAGUACAAGUGCCAAAUAGAGGGGGCAUGGUUCAUUCCAAGGCAUCCCCCGUUAUAUAGUUUUCUAUAAUCAAAUUUAGGUGCUUGAGAUAGUUUAAUGUUUUUGCUGAUUUGUGCUCAGUUUUGGUUGUAAGAGCUGUAUCUGUAUUCUUAUUGAAAAUUUAUUCUUUAACCCUUGUAUUUUUUCUCUCCA